GGCGGGGUGAUCGCUUGACGUAAUGUGCCUGACAUCAGCGCCAUAUUGAUUGAUGACGCACUUGGCUCCCGCCUGCGGCCUACGAGGAGUCCGUUACCGUUUUAUGAAGAUUUGGAAGCCCUUUGAAGAUGUUUAAUAAAUCAUUUGGAAGCCCGUUUGGAGGGGGUACUGGUGGAUUUGGAGCUGCAACAACAUUUGGACAAACAACAGGUUUUGGUACUACCCCUAGCACUGGAUUUGGGACUUCAGCCUUUGGCACAAACAAUAACACCGGUGGGCUUUUUGGAAAUACACAGAACAAACCAGGAGGGCUUUUUGGAUCUACUACAUUUAACCAGCCUGCAACCUCCUCUACAAGCGCUGGCUUUGGUUUUGGAGCAUCUACUGCUACACCAAACAGCUUAUUUGGGGCCACCAACACUGGAGGAGGGCUCUUCGCAACCCAGAACAAUGCCUUUGGCCAGAACAAACCUGCAGGUUUCGGGAAUUUUGGAACAAGUACAAGCAGUGGUGGUCUCUUUGGGAACACACAAACAACUUCAAACCCUUUUGGGGGCACUUCUGGUUCUCUCUUUGGGCAGACUACUUUUAAUGCAGCACCAACCGGUACCACGAUUAAAUUUAAUCCCCCGGCUGGCACGGACACAAUGGCAAAGGGGGGCGUAACAACCAACAUCAGCACCAAGCACCAGUGCAUCACUGCUAUGAAGGAAUAUGAGAGUAAAUCUCUGGAGGAAUUGCGUCUUGAGGAUUAUCAGGCCAACAGGAAAGGGCCCCAGAAUCCUGUUGGAGCUGCCACAGGGACAGGCUUGUUUGGAUCUUCAACACCCACAUCAAGUGCAUCCACUGGCUUGUUUGGUUCUACGCCAGCCAGCUCCAGCUUCACAUUUGGUGGAAAUAAAACUGCAUUUGGCACAGGCACCGGUGCAUUUGGAACACAAACUACAGGUUUGUUCGGCCAGACAACAACUCAGCCAGCUAACAGUCUUUUCAACAAACCAUUUGGUCAGGCGACAACUACACCCAGUACUGGCUUCUCCUUUGGUAACACAAACACACUGGGGCAGCCGCAGACACAAACAAUGGGCCUUUUUGGAGCUACUCAAGCCACACAGUCUGGUAGUCUAUUUGGAACCACUACAAACACAAAUGCUGGAACGGGUUUUGGGACUGGAACAGGCCUUUUCGGACAGACUAACACCGCUCCUUUUGGUGGUGUUGGCAAUGCGACUCUGAUUGUAACUAACCCAGCUCCUUUUGGGACCACCACUACAUGUGCCCCCGCAUUUGGCACCACUACUGGCGGGCUCUUUGGAUUUGGUUCAGCUAAUACUGGAAGCAGUCUUUUUGGGAAUAAGGCUGCCCCAGGAACUCUUGGUGCUGGGCUUGGUGGAGGUUUUGGAACAGCUCUUAAUCCUGGCCAGACUUCUCUGUUUGGUAACAAUCAGCCAAAAAUGACAGGUACCCUUGGCGCUGGCUCUUUUGGUAACACUGGCUUCACCACUGGCACAACAGGCUUAGGAUUCAGUGCUCCACAGGUUCCUGUGGCUCUGACUGACCCUAAUGCUGCGGCUGCCCAGCAACUGGUUCUACAGCAGCAGAUGAAUACCCUCUCUUACUCUCCAUUUGGGGACUCUCCUUUGUUUAGGAACCCCAUAUCUGAUCCAAAGAAGAAGGAAGAGGUAAGCCUGCUUGUGUAUAUUAGCUCAUUAUUAAGUUGCAUGGCCCCUAUAGGACCCGCACACACAUCAUUGGUAUACCCUCACUAUAUUGGCAAUUAUUCUGGGGUAUCCAACAACACAGGCUGCCAGCGUAUCUACUGGUAUAGACGUGCUGAGGUGACCCUGGAUGGUGUUUGGCCAAUAGAUAAAACAUCACGUGCAGUAAUAAAGAGCCCAGAGCGCCUUGGUGAAAUGAACUAUGAAAACAGAUUGGAGCUUGCAUCCCGAAAGCAGGGUGCACAUUUCAAAGAAUACCGUCCUGAGACUGGCUCCUGGGUCUUCAAGGUUAGCCACUUUUCAAAGUAUGGAUUGCAGGAUUCCGACGAAGAGGAUGAACAGUUGUCGAGUGUGGAGACAAAGAAGCUGAAACCUGCUCCUGUCCCACCACCGGCUCCUCUACCCAUACAGGCAGCCCUCAACGGAAAGCUCACACCUCCACCCAAGAGUCCAAUAGUGGAGCAACUAGGUCGAGUGUUAGAGGUGGACAGUGACAUGGCCGAUAUCACACAGGAACAAUCUCUGGAUUCUGCUAUAGAAGAUCAAGAUAUUGCUGAAGAACAGGAGCCUGUUUCGGCCUCCUCUCAUAUUGCAUCUUCACUGGGUAUUAACCCUCAUGCCCUGCAGGUGAUGAAAGCGUCCCUCUUCAUGGAAGAUGAUGAUGGAGAAAUGACCAAUUUAACCCAUUUUACAUCCACAGUGAACACUGUCCAAGAUACCCGAUCACCUCGUCUAUUGCUGCCAUCACAGACAUCUGUUGGAGCCCUGCUUCAGUCUAGGUUCUCUGCCGCUGGCCUUCUCAAGCCUUCUGACCCUCAACAGGGCUCUCAUAGUCCCAGAGUAUCGUCCUCAUCUCCUGCACUGCCUCCAUGGUCUGCCCCAGGACCCCUCUCUUCUGCUUUUAUCUUGCCCAGUCCAGCUCCUGAGGCACAGUUGAGGACUGUGGGAACCCAGAGACAGCAAAGCCUUGUGCCCCUUGAGAAGUCAAUAACGGCUGGGCGUGGGAAGUUCUUGAUAGAUAUGGCGUUGUUCAUGGGAAGGUCAUUUCGUGUUGGUUGGGGUCCCAACUGGACUGUGGUCCACAGUGGAGAUAAAUUAAGCGAAUCCAGCGAGCCUGAAGAUGCAAUGAGUACAGAGCUGAUGGAUUACGGAUUCCUCCCAAAGCCAACAUCUGCAAAGUCACUUACUGACUCUCCAUUUAAAGUGCACAUAGAGAAGCUGAGCCUAGAACAGAAAACCAAAGAUCUGCAGUCCUACUUGAUGCCUCUGGAAAUAGAACUUAAGCACAGCACUGUGGAUACCACCCAUUCCUGCCCCCUCUUGGUGCCAAAUCCGGGUGUUUCUGCCAUUCAUGACUAUGCCAGCUGGGUCAGUGAGGCGUGCCGUGAUCAUGAUGAGCUGGAAAAUGUAGUGAAGCAGUGGUGUCUAACCUGGACCCUGUGUGAAGCCCUUUGGGGUAAACUGAAGGAGCUUGAAGCCUAUUUGGAAACGCCAAAUGACUAUGUUGUGAGCCUGGAGCGAAGGAAGGCUUUCUCUCACUGGCUGGCUCAGACUGCAUCAGAACGUAUUGAAGAGGAAGUGUGUGUCUGCCGUCAUGAGCGCCACAUUGAGGCCGUUUUCAGUUACCUGACUGGCUGCAGAAUCAGUGAGGCAUGCCUGCUGGCACAAAAAUCAGGUGAUCACAGACUUUCUAUGCUGCUGUCCCAGUUGGUAGGAAGCCAGCAGGUGCGUGAGCUGAUCACAAUGCAGCUGGUGGACUGGAACAAACUUCAGGUUGAUCGUUUCAUUCAAGAUGAGAGACUGAGACUUUUCAGUCUGCUUUCUGGUACUCCUGUAUGGAUAUCUUCAGAAAAGAAAAGCAUAAAUGUCUGCUCUCAACUUGACUGGAAACGCACCCUCGCAAUUCACCUAUGGUUCAUGCUGCCUCCCACAGCCUCUAUUGCCCAGGCACUGAAGAUGUAUGAGGACGCCUUCCAGGAGUCUGCUGAGACACAGAAGUACGCCUGCAGCCCUCUUCCUCCUUACAUGGAAGAUUCUGGAAUCAGUUUAGAUGAAGACUUUGGUGCCACAUACACUCCUGUACAGAGAGACGUCUGCUUCCAUUUACUCAAAUUGUACAGUGAUCGGUGA